UAAGCAAAGUAUCUCUUUUUCUUUCCUUUCGGGUAUAAAUAUUUCUGUUUACAACAUAAUCAUUGAUAUCUCCUGCAUGGCUGUAAGGAUUCUGUACCUUAAAAGCUUACACGAGGAUUUUGUUGCUCCUUUCGUUUUUUCUCUCACUACGUUUUCAGAUUUUGGAGAUUAGCACCUCUCUCUCUCUCUCUCUCUCUCUCUCUCUCUCUCUCUCUAAACCAGUGACUGUGUUUUAGUUGACAUCCAUCUCCAAAGGCAUAUUUGAUUAAAACUCAAAGUCACAGGGCACAGUUGUUCGAGGAUCGCUUGUGUUAGUAAAGUUAGAAGGCAGGGUUCAUUACUAGAGAGAACGUAUGCCUGGGAACAAGUACAACGGUAAUUCAGCCCACAUCCCACCAACUCGAAUUGAACGGCUCUUGAGAGAAAGGGAGCUAAGGAAAAAUAUCAAGGCCUUGAACUUGAAUGAAACAUUUGAACCUGAGUUGCAGUUAAGAGAAGAUGAAAACUCAAAUGCUGCCCAUGUUGAACGAUUCUUGGAAGGGGCUGCAGCUGCAAGGGCACUUAAUGAGGGAUACGAAAAGCAAGACGGGAGGCCUAGCAGACAACGACUGUUGGUUGUGGCGAACAGGUUACCUGUCUCUGCAAUUAGAAGAGGUGAAGAUUCAUGGUCUCUGGAGAUGAGUGCAGGGGGUCUGGUCAGUGCACUUUUGGGUGUAAAGGAGUUUGAGGCAAGGUGGAUUGGUUGGGCCGGGGUAAAUGUGCCGGAUGAAAUUGGACAGAAGGCGCUUACUAGAGCUCUUGCUGAUAAGAGAUGUAUUCCAGUUUUCCUUGACGAGGAGAUUGUUCAUCAAUAUUACAAUGGCUAUUGCAACAAUAUUUUGUGGCCCCUUUUCCAUUACCUUGGACUUCCACAAGAAGAUCGACUUGCCACCACCCGGAGUUUCCAGUCACAAUUUGCUGCAUAUAAGAAGGCAAAUCAAAUGUUUGCUGCUGUAGUUAAUGAGCACUAUGAAGAGGGUGACGUAGUUUGGUGCCAUGAUUACCAUCUUAUGUUUCUUCCAAAAUGCUUGAAGGAUUACGAUAGUAAAAUGAAAGUUGGUUGGUUUCUCCACACCCCUUUUCCUUCUUCUGAAAUCCAUAGGACAUUGCCCUCACGAUCAGAACUACUACGUGCAGUUCUUGCAGCUGAUUUAGUUGGUUUUCACACUUAUGACUAUGCACGGCACUUUGUUAGUGCUUGCACUCGCAUUCUUGGACUAGAGGGUACACCUGAAGGAGUUGAGGAUCAAGGGAGGCUUACUCGAGUGGCUGCGUUUCCUAUUGGAAUAGAUUCAGACCGCUUCAUACGUGGACUUGAGGUUCCUAAAGUCCAAGAUCACAUUAAGGAAUUGAAAGAACGGUUCGCUGGGAGAAAGGUAAUGCUAGGUGUUGAUCGCCUUGAUAUGAUUAAAGGAAUUCCUCAAAAGUUACUAGCGUUUGAAAAGUUUCUUGAGGAAAACCCAACUUGGCGUGACAAAGUGGUUUUGCUGCAAAUUGCAGUGCCAACAAGAACAGAUGUUCCAGAGUAUCAAAAACUUACAAGCCAGGUUCAUGAAAUUGUUGGGAGAAUUAAUGGCAGAUUUGGAACUUUGAUCGCUGUCCCAAUACAUCACCUGGAUCGUUCUCUCGACUUUCAUGCAUUGUGUGCACUAUAUGCUGUAACUGAUGUAGCACUUGUUACAUCCCUGAGGGAUGGAAUGAAUCUUGUCAGUUAUGAGUUUGUGGCAUGCCAGGAUGCAAAGAGAGGGGUCCUUAUUCUGAGUGAGUUUGCUGGUGCCGCACAGUCUUUAGGUGCUGGAGCAAUUCUAGUGAACCCAUGGAACAUCACAGAAGUUGCCAAUUCAAUUGCUCAAGCAUUGAAUAUGGACUCUGAAGAAAGAGAGAAGCGACAUAAGCAUAAUUUUUCGCACGUGACAGCCCACACUGCACAGGAAUGGGCCGAAACUUUUGUAAGUGAAUUGAACGAUACUGUUGUAGCGGCGCAAUUACGGACCAGACAGGUGCCACCGCCACUUCCAAACAAGGACGCAAUUCAAAGUUAUUUACAAGCAAAUAAUCGAUUGAUCAUACUGGGAUUCAAUGCGACAUUAACUGAAUCAGUGGACACACCUGAGAGGCGAGGUGAUCAAAUAAAAGAAAUGGAACUUAAACUGCAUCCUGAAUUGAAAGAAACCUUGUCAGCACUCUGCAAUGAUCCAACAACAACUAUUGUGGUCCUCAGUGGGAGUGAGAGAAAAGUCUUAGAUAAUAACUUUGGGGAGCUUGACAUGUGGUUGGCAGCUGAAAACGGGAUGUUUUUACGCCUUACAAAGGGAGACUGGAUGACAACAAUGCCUGAACAUGUGAAUAUGGAAUGGGUCAACAGUGUGGAGCAUGUUUUUGAGUAUUUCAAAGAGAGAACACCGCGAUCACAUUAUGAACGUCGUCAAACUUCCCUCGUGUGGAAUUAUAAAUAUGCAGAUGUUGAUUUUGGAAGACUUCAAGCCAGAGAUAUGCUGCAGCAUCUCUGGACUGGCCCAAUUUCUAAUGCCUCUGUUGAUGUUGUUCAAGGUAGCCGGUCUGUUGAGGUUCGAGCAGUUGGUGUGACAAAGGGUGCAGCAAUUGAUCGUAUAUUGGGAGAGAUAGUUCAUAGUAAAUCCAUGACAUCCCCCAUUGAUUAUGUGCUGUGUAUUGGACAUUUUCUUGGGAAGGAUGAAGAUGUGUACACCUUUUUCGAGCCAGAUCUUCCGCCUGAUCCAAGUAGUCUUUCAAGAACCAAGAUACCUGAUGGACUAAAGCCUAACGAGAGGCGAUCUUCUUUGAAGGCUCCGGCCAUCAAAAGCGGCUCAAAAUCGUCUCAGAGCAAAGCGCAACGGGCGCCUUUACCAAACCAUGAGAAGAAAAAUGCAAAUCACAACACCACGAAUCCACGAUGGCCAUCUCCAGAAAAGGUUUCGUGGAACGUACUUGAUCUAAAGAAGGAGAACUACUACUCUUGCUCUGUCGGGCGGACUCGCACAAAUGCUCGGUAUACACUUCAGUCCUCGGAUGAUGUUGUCUCGUUUCUGAAGGAAUUGGCGGGUGCCUCUUCUGCAAGCGCUUCAUCUUCCGGUUCAGAGAUAUAAUGCUCUCGAAUUUCUCGAAAGUGUAGCUUCACUUGGUAGCUGUUUGCACUGUAGAUAGUUAUAAUGCUUCAGCUGAAGUAUUAGAUUAUUGUUAGUUUACGUACUUAAACCGUCUAAACCACAUUGACGAUUAAAGACUUAGGGCUGUAUCCCUGUUCGACAAGAGUCUGUAUCCUAGUAAGCAAGCAACGCUUGCGACUUGUUGCUCUCGAGUGGGCUAAA